AUGAACCGGGACGCAGCCAGGAAAUCUCCGGAGAAGCUCUGUCAGUGGAAAGCCCUCCUUCCUGAACCCCAGCCUUCCAAAGAGCCCAGGAAAAUCAGCAGCACACCAUCUAGUGACGACGACACUCGGAUGCAGACCGAGAGAACGACAGAGUCCAAGGAUGGAGAGAGGGAGCGACAGACCCAGACUCCUCCUCUGUUGGCGGUGCGUCACUCUGUGAGGGUGAGGAAGCCUUCAGUGUACCUGCUUCACUCUGUAGCCACCUCCACCUCUAGGUCCCUGAGCCACAGUACCGCCCUGCUGCGCCGAUCCAGACAGCUACUGAUCAACAGGGCCAGCAGCAAAGGCAGCCAUCGCAGGAGGAAGGAGGAGGGAGGAGAGGACACCCCAGGGCAGGAGGAGCUGCUGUCUGGGAAGGAGGAGAGGAAGAGCGAGGGAAAAGGAGGGCUGUUGUGUGAGGACCUGAGCCAGGUGGCGGGGGUUUCGGUAGACUCCAUUUUCCCGGCCAGCUCCAGCGAGGCGGUGAGGUGGUGGCCCGUCUCCUCCGACCAGGACAGCCUGAACCAAGAGCUGGCUCGCAGGAUCCGCCUCAUAUCCCACAGCUGGGUCACUUCCGCAGCCACUACCACCCACACCACCAGGACGGGGACGAUCACGUCCGCCAAGCAGAAACUCGACGAUGACUCUUUGUCCUCGUGGAAGCCAGAGGUUGGGUCGGCGGUGCGGCUGCUGUUUGACCAGCGCUGCAGCGUGGAGAGGCUGGCAUCCUGGUUCAUGCAGACCACUGAGACUCAGUCUCUGGCUCCUUCACUACCCCCGGACCGCCAGCAGGGGGAGCGUCUUUCCCAGCCCGCAGACCAUGCGACUACGCAAACACAUCAAGAAGUUUGCCAAAGCUGUGCCGAAGAGCCCCGCCCAGCUCCGUCUAGCCCAGGAACGGCUCCGACGUGGAAAAGAGCUGAAUGCCAGGCGGCGUCUGUUCACUGCGAGGCCGCGUCAGGCGGGCUGCGUCUCAGAGCUCCAUGGAGGAAGAUCAGGGCCCUCGGGACGUACAGAACCACUCUGCUCAGAGUCAGAGAAAAGUUCCUCACCUGGACCCUCAGAGCCAAGCGGCCCAACAGGCUGAGGUACAACCAGGCGAUCUGGAGGAGAAGCCUGGUGGAGGUAGGCAAUUCACCUGACCAGGUCUGCCCUUCUGCUCAGCCCAGGGAGGAGCUCACCUCUUCUCCACAUCACCACUGUCUACCUGCCUCCUCGGACACCAGUCAGCCCUGCAGCCCCGACCAGCUGACAGGCCUCACCAAACAGCAGCGUCUCAGCUCUAAAGCCUGGAGUCCAGAGACUCUGAAGGAGUGUUGCGUGUUUCUCAAGAAGAUCAACUCCCCCGACACAGAGUCCACCGUUGAGGACGAGUGGGACGUCUGCACCGUCAAUCUAGACGACACAUACUGCCCCGACGAGACCAGACAGGAGGAGAGGAGGGACGAGUACGACAAAGCUGUGAAAACUGAGAGAAGGAAGAGGAGAGUUCCCUGGAAGGAGUCUAGCGGUUCGCCGCAGGAGGCGAUGGUUCAGGAGCACAACCGGGUCCGAGCCGGGAACAGGAGAGGCAAACAGAAAAAUUCAGGGAAAGCCACGAGCCAAUCACCGACCCCGCCGCCGCCAACGAAAGCCACGAGCCAAUCACCGACCCCGCCGCCAACGAAAGCCACGAGCCAAUCACCGACCCCGCCGCCAACGAAAGUCACGAGCCAAUCACCGACCCCGCCUCCAACGAAAGCCACGAGCCAAUCACCGACCCCGCCGCCAACGAAAGUCAUGAGAAAAUCGCGUGGGAGGGGCCUGACCGGGCCGCGGUGGCGUGACUUUAUACUGGGAACCUGACUGUCCCCCCCCCUCCGUCCCGUCUCCACGGUGACCGUGUUGUAACCGUAUUGGGGACGCUCCUCCCUCCGUCUCCAACGGUGACCGGCGUGUAAACAACCAUGGUGCCUUCAAGACUGUCCCUCGGGUAUUAUGUAGCAGAAGGAUAAAAAGUUUUAACCAAGAAAGAAGCUUGACGUUGCACUAUUUUUAAACUAUUCAGUCCCGUGUCCUCCCCCCUCCUCCCCCCUCCCCCCUCCUCCGUCCCACUGCUUUAAAAACACAAAAAACCAAACUGUGGAUAGAUUUGUACAGAAUGUUUGUUUUAAACUUUGACACAAACUUUUAACUUUCUUCUUCUGUAUUGUCUGAUACAACUACCAACCCGUCAAGUUCUGUUGUAAUGAGCCUGGAUUGCCCAUUGGGAGAGUACACAUUCAGACUUCAACUCUUGAGUCUUCAUCUCCAAUGGCACCCUAUUCCCUAUAUAUAUAUAUAUAUAGGGCACUAUUUUAGACCAGGGCCAUAUAAUGUUCAGGUCAAAAGUAGUGCACUGUAUAGGGAAUAGGGUGCCAUAGGGCUCUGGUCUAAAGUAGUGCACUAUAUAGGGAAUAGGGUACCAUAGGGCUCUGGUAUAAAGUAGUGCACUAUAUAGGGAAUAGGGUGCCCUUUGGGUCUGAUUCUCUCUUCCCUGAUGUGUGUGCACUUCCUGUCAUGGAUUUAUAAACAUUAUAAGUGUAAACAUCAGCUUGGAAGGGAGGGAGUAGCCACCAUGUUACUAACGCGAGUCCACGUUAGAUCCAUGACGGAGGGACACUUCGGUGUGGUUAAGGUGGAAGAACUGAAUUAGGUUUUUAGUAUGCUUUGCCACGGCAGCCAUUUUGUAUGAAGGUUAAUGUGUGUCUGUUGCAUUAUAGAAGCAGCAGCGCCAUGAUUCCCCCCCCAUCCCCUCCCCCCCCAUCCCCUCCCCCCCCAUCCCCUCCUCCCCAUCC